UAACUUCGCAUCUGUCAUCCGUGACGGCGAUUCGUCUGCUAAGGCGAAAGGGAAUGGCGUUUCUUCCGCGCACCGCCUCAACAUGCCGAAACGCCGUCAGUUAUAGAUAUUUCUCGACCGCGGUUGUCAAUAACCCGAGUCGGGUCAUCCGUACCCAUUUAUGUGCCAUGUAGCGACGAAGAAACGACUGGAAGGCGAGAGAAGGUCGACGAAGAAUAGUAGCGAGCGCGACUGACGAUGAUGCUGAUCGGACGUGGUAUCGGCCAUCAUAAUCCGACCGUUCAAGUCCCGCCGUGGUCACCCUCCGAUGAUCCGACAGGCGGUAACGCCACUUCCUCCCACCUGCCUGUCAGCGGCGUCGCCACCGGCGACGGCCUUCUCGACGAGGCGACGCUGGCGGCGCUGCAGCUCUACCUCGGGUGCGAGGAGGAGGCGGCGGCGGAGGAGGCGCCUGCGGUGGUGGACGCGUACGCGUCGGACGAGUUCCGGAUGUACGAGUUCAAGGUGAGGAGGUGCGCCAGGGGGCGCACCCACGACUGGACCGAGUGCCCCCUCGCGCACCCGGGGGAGAAGGCCCGCCGCCGCGACCCGCGGAAGCACCGUUACUCGGGGACCCCCUGCGCGGACUUCCGCAAGACCGGUGGGUGCAAGCGCGGCGACGCCUGCGAGCUCGCCCACGGAGUGUUCGAGUGCUGGCUACACCCGGAGCGCUACCGCACCCAGCCCUGCAAGGACAGCACCGCCUGCCGCCGCCGCGUCUGCUUCUUCGCCCACACCCCCGACCAGCUCCGCGUGCUGCCAUCGCAACACCAGCAGACCACCACAUCGGCUUCAGCCACCGCCGUCGAGUCCUACGACGGUUCGCCUCUUCGCCAGCAGUCCUCCAUGCAGUCUUAUCUAUCAAAGAACUUCGUCUGCUCAACGACCGCGACGCUGAUCUCGCCGCCCAAGACCCCGACGACGGCGUCUCCGCCGAUAUCACCCAACGGCUCGAACCUGCGGCGCGAGUCGUGGCAGCCAUCGUCGUCGGUGAACGAGAUGGUGGCGUCACUAAGACGGUUGCAGCUCUGCAGGGCGCAAUCGGUGCCAAGUUCAUGGGGGUUGCAUAUAGGAAAUGGUGGGUUUGCAUCCCCAAGGGGGGCUCUUGCUGGGUUCAACGCUGGUUUCUGUAGCAUGCCGUCGACUCCGACGGCUGCGUCAGCCGUCUGGUCGGACGAAGAGGGACCGGUGGAGAGGGUGGAGUCCGGGAGGGCUCUCAGGGCUAAGAUGUUCGAGAGACUGAGCAAAGAGAGCAUCUUGGACAGAGCCGAGGCCACACCGGACGUGGGGUGGGUUUCGGAGUUGCUAAAAUAGCAGGAAGCUUGUAAUGGCGAGGAAGAGGAAAGGAGAAUGAUGGAAAAUUUGAAGGAACAUAAAAAGGUGGGAUUUUGCGGUGCCAUCGUCAUUCUUCGACGACUGUGGAUCUUGAAGUUACCAAAGGAAGAGGAACAAAAAAAAGGUUAUUUCUUGUUCUAUGUAAAAGCCUAGGUGGUGGAGAUUUGUGUCGACAUGGGAGAUGUUAAUUAGUAGCUAUCAUGCUUGCCUCUGUUGUACAGAGAAGGAUUAGAAGAGUGCUGAAGACCACUAGAGGAAGCAGUAGUCUGCGCAGGAAAUCUUUAUUGGAUUCACUUGUAAUGUUCAUCGAUGUCUUUCUUGUUAUUUUGGUCUAUUCUGGAUGUCUAAUCGAAACACCUGUUAGGAUGUCCCUUUUGUCAUGUCAACAAUGUAAAUGUCAACUUACUAUCCAAUGGAUUUCAGAUGCUUAGCAAAGAUUUCAUA